ACCUGAGAACGUCACCAAGAAAUAAUAUUCAAUGGAGAAGCAUCACAUCACAGUUUUCCGUAAACACAUACUUGCGUAACCCUUUUACGUCUAGAUUACAAUUGUAACAGUGGCAAGUAUGACGGAAAUGUUCUCAACUUUAUUUGGACAAAAUGAAACUCAGGGACCACCCGGUUCGUCUACCCUCGGAUUCGGACCUGGGAAACCUCCGCCGCCUCUCCCGCAAAAUCAAGUCUCUGUGGCAGGGCAGAUGACACCACAGCUCGGGGAUGAGGGGCCUCCUCUGCGGAAGUCUGGAGCCAUGAAUGAACCCUUCUAUUUAUUACGAGAACUACCCGUUGGGAACGAGUUAACUGGGAACACCAACCUCAUCACGCACUACAACCUGGAACACGCCUACAACAAGUUCUGCGGGAAGAAGGUGAAGGAGAAGCUCAGCAACUUUCUCCCAGAGUUACCAGGUAUGAUCGACUGUCCCGGGAAUCAAGAUGGGAGCUCAUUGAGAUCCCUGAUCGAUAAGCCACCAGUGUCUGGAAACUCCUUCAGUCCGCUCACCGGCGCUUUGCUAACAGGCUUCAGACUACACACUGGGCCGCUCCCAGAGCAGUACCGGCUGAUGCACAUACAGCCACCAAAGAAGAAGAGCAAGCACAAGCACAAACACCAUCGCCCGCAAGACCCAUUACCACAAGCGGAAACGCCGUCAGAUACCGACCCCAAAAAGAAGAAGAAAAAGAGGGAUGACGAUCCAGAUCGCAAGAAGAAGAAGAAAGAUAAGAAAAAGAAGAAGAACCGCCAUAGCCCUGAUCAUACUGGCCUGCCUGGCUCACAACCCAACAGCAACAGCCUCAGAUAGGCCCUAGUCCGUGCAUGCGUGCGUAUGUGUGUCACCCGUACUAUUCAAAGUAUGCGAUUGUGAAAGAAUAGAUUGACUGGAAACUAGAAAUGUUUGUGUGAUGCGUUCAGGAGCAGUGGGCACCACAACACUUUGGACUCUUUUUGACGGCAAGCUGUGAGCUGUGUCCCUUUUUGACUUUAUUGUGAUAAUGUUUCACCCUAUUUCCAACACAAACUUUUAUUACAAUGAUUAAUGCUUGCUUCAGGAUAUGCCUCAUAGCUUAGAUUUCUCAACCGUACGGCCAGGUGCAUAGUCAGGUCCCCAAGGAUUCAUAAUCAAGAUGAAUAAGAAUUCACUUGAAUGCCGAAUUUGGUCAGGGUAUGAAUGUUUUUGGGCAUACCUGUGCAUAUGGUGACACCGAGCCACGUUGCUGUGAAUUUCUAGGCUUAAAUCCAUUGUAAAUAAAUCCUCUUUUACACAAA